CUCAGUAACUGGGAAGCAGACGACGCGAGAAGGAAGAAAGGAGAGAAAAAGAUGAGGUUGGAGGUCGUGUCGUUGCUGCUGGUCGGCCUCGCGGCGGGGUUUGGCUCGGCCGAAGGGGGCGGCGAGGGCGGCGUCGAGUGUCCUUUUCCAGAGGGACAGAGCGUGGCCAGCGAAGGAGAGUGUGCCAAAUACAGUGCCUGCGAGUGGACGGAAGGUCAGUGCCACAUGAGAGCCAAUAGCGAGGCGGGAUACAGAGUCGUCUCCCGUGUUGAAGAUGGUGGCGCAGGAUUCAAGCUGCACCUGCAGAAGAUCGACCCGUAUUCCACACUCUUCGACAACGACGCUCAAAACCUUAUGUUCGAGGUCAACUACCACGAGGAUUACCACGUUCAGGUCAAGAUCUCCCCGAGGGACGAGGAGCGAUACGAGGUCCCCGUUCCGCUCAAUCUCCCAGAGAGUCCAACUUCAACGGGGCAGAUGUACUUCGUUAAUACGAGUGAAGUUGGCGAAGCAUUUUGGUUUUCGGUUAAGAGAGCGGGAAGCAGCAAUGGGAUGAGUCUUUUCAGCACAGAGGGCCCCCUAACCUUCGAGGACCAGUUCAUCCAAAUAACAGCAGCUCUGACUUCGAGUUACCUGUACGGCUUCGGCGAGAACACACACACGAAGUUCAGACACAGGUUCUCCCCGAGGCAAACCUUCCCCAUCUUCGCAAGGGAUCAGCCGGUUGGAGAGGGCGACAUGAACGAGUACGGCCACCAUCCUUACUACGUCAACAUCGACCCUGACACUGGCGAGGCUUAUUCUGUGCUGUUCUUCAACUCCAAUGCAAUGGAAUAUUCGACCUUCCUUCUCGCCGACGGUCGACCUGCCUUGACCUUACGCUCGAUCGGUGGCAUCGUCGACCUCCACUUCUUCCUUGGGCCGAGUUUGGAGGAUAUUAAUAAGCAGUAUACGAAUAUGAUCGGUAAGCCGGUCUUCCCUCCCUAUUGGUCGCUGGGUUUCCACCUUUCCCGCUACGGUUACGGGUCGACCGAAAACGUGCGCGUGGUGAGAGAGCGAAUGAAGGCCAUGGGCAUCCCGCAGGACGUGCAAACAUGUGACAUAGACUACAUGAAUCGCUACAGGGACUUCACGUAUGACCUCGAUGCCUGGGGCGAUUUUCCCGACUUGGUUCAGGAGCUACACAACGAUGAUGUCAAAUUGACGUUGAUUCUGGACCCGGCGCUUGUCACCGACUGGGCCAACUACCCACCGGGCCAAAGAGGGAAGGACCGGGACGUGUACAUUAAAUGGGCUUCUCCUGAGUACAUACCCGGCGACCAGGACACCUCUUAUUCGGACUACAUGGUCGGGUACGUGUGGCCGGAUACCAAGACGGUUUUUCCGGACUUCCUGAAUCCGGAGACGCAGGCUUGGUGGGGUGACGAGCUUAAACUCUUCCAUGAGACCCUCCCUUUCGACGCCCUGUGGAUCGACAUGAACGAGCCCGCCAACUUCGGCACCAACCUGGACAAGCCUUGGAACUGGCCGUCGGGAGAGCCAGACUGGAGCCUCAAGUGUCCUUAUAACAAGCUCGACAGCCCGCCUUACCCCACGAAGAUGAUACGUGUGGGAGACAGCAAGAGUAAGAGAAUUAGCGACCACACCAUCUGCAUGUCCGGCAACCAGACGAACGGCAACCAGACCUUCCUUCACUAUGACGUCCACUCUCUCUAUGGCUGGUCCGAGACGGUCGCGACGUAUAAAGGUCUGCAGCAAAUCUUCCCCGGCAAGAGACAAGUGGUUCUCUCCCGGUCCACCUUCCCCGGUUCGGGCCAGUACGCGGUUCAUUGGCUGGGAGACAACUCUGCGUCGUGGAGUCACUUGCACAUGUCGAUCAUAGGAAUGCUGGAAUUCAACCUCUUCGGCGUGCCAAUGGUGGGCGCCGACAUCUGCGGCUUCUUCGGCGAGCCAGACAUGGAGAUGUGCGCGCGGUGGAUGCAGCUGGGGGCCUUCUACCCCUUCAGCCGCAACCACAACACCAUUGACACCGCCGACCAAGACCCAGCUGCUUGGCCGGAAGUCGCGGAGAUAUCACGUGAAUACUUGCUGCUCCGCUAUCAGUAUCUUCCUUAUCUCUACGCCCUCUUCCAUCGGGCACACAUGCACGGCGAGUCGGUGGUACGACCCGUGUUCUCUCUGAGCCCGAACGACCUGACUGCCCUCGACGUGGACGACCAGUUCCUGUGGGGGGACGGCAUCAUGGUGGCGCCCGUCGUCACCCAGGGGGCCACGGGGAGGGAGGUCUUCUUCCCGGAGGGCGAAUGGUACGACCUGCAGACGGGCGUGCGGAAGGCCUCAGGACCCGCCCACUCAGAGUACGUGGAGGCGCCGCUGGAGAGAAUCCCAGUAUAUGCGAGAGGGGGCGUGGCGAUCCCCUAUCAGGUCCCUGCUCAUAAUACAGUGCAGAGCCGGAAGAACCCGUUCGGCAUAACCGUCGCCCUGAACGCAACCGGCGGGGCGAGCGGCGAGGUCUUCUGGGACGACGGCGACGGAGAGCACUCAAUGGACGAGGCCUUCCUGGGCGUCCGGGUCUUCGUCUUCGCGGAGGACACCCUCACCAUGACAGUGGCUCACAGCACAGACCCCGUUCACGGACUCAAGCUCGAGACGCUCCAGUUCUUCGGGUAUCCUUCCAAUCCUGCAGGAGUCCAGGUUAACGGUGUCGACCUACCUGCCUCCGAAUGGGCCUUUAAUGGCGAUGUCCUUUCGGUUUUCCUCUCCGUGCCUUUGGGGGAGGACCUGCUGGUGGCGCUGGGGUGAAAGUUGGGGGAGGUUGCGGUUGGGGGUGAGGGAGAGGGUGGGUGAAGGGAGGUGGAAGGUGGGAACGUUUUGGGAGGAAGGGGGGUGUGAAGGAAUGGAAGGGGGAUGUGAAGGAGUAGAUGCUGGAUGUGAAG